AAAAUUUGCAAAACAACUAAAGAAAAAUUUAAUAUAAAAUUAGUAAUAUAAAAAAACAAAUAAGCUAAAAAAAUAAUAAUCAAAUUUCAAACAUACCCUUCUAAAUUAAUAAAACUUGAUUAAGAGUAAAACUAUGGCAUAAACCAACUUUUAUACAAAAAUAUGGGAAAAUAAACCCAUAAAAGUAAAAAUUAUUAAAAAAAGCCAUAAAUUAACUUUUUUUGAAAAAAAGUCAUAUUUUUGCACACUCUAAUAAAAAUCCCAUAUAAAAUGUAAUUUCCGCUCAGAAAUGAGUAGUAGGCCCACUAUUUUGCAAAAAAUUUAGGCCCAUUACUUUGUAGACUUAAAGCCCAAAGUCUUGUUGUUCACUUAGAGAGUAAACACGGUUGCAAUAACCUGCUGCCGCCGAUCCUUGGAAGGUCCUGACGCAAUUGGUUAAAGCCCCGCCGCUAACUUUGCCUGAUCGAGGAGUACUCAACGUUGCCGGAGAAGGUGACGUUGUUGGCGGUAUGACUUGGACAUUAACGACUUCGAGAAAGAAAAAACGCCUUUUGCUUAAACAAUUUGUGUGAGCAGACAAAAUUCUACUAGAAAUAAGAACUUGGACGAACAGAUACCUGAAUUGAUUCUUGUUCAUUUUAUAUGAACUCAAGGACGAACAUAUUGUAUCCAAAGAACACACACAAACAGUGCCUCUUUCAUUAGAAUCCAUUUGUUCUCUUGUAUGUUGACGAGCCCGAACAUGUUUUAAUUCCUGCAUAUAUAGUCGAGUAAAUAAACCAAUGCCUCUGUUUGUUUCUUUAUAUAUGCACAUAAAAAUCUGCAUUUGUAUAUGGCCUGAUCAAUUCAUGUGAGUUUUAUACUUUCUUCUCGAAUAGCUUAAACUAGCAUAUGGGUGGACUAAUCGCUCUUUAUCGAGUGUGCUAAUUGAACUUUUUCACAAUGACAUGGAAGUGGGCGAUCACUCCUUGUGAAGGUUAAUAGAACCUUCCCAUUUAUUUUCUGGUCGCCUGUAUUGAAUGAUUGUGUGUGAAUAGGCCUUAGCAACCAUAUUCCUUGUUCAUCUUUGCUUCUUGCUAUAUGCGAAUAGAAUACAAGCCAAUGAAUAUGCCUCUCUAGUGGCCUGUGUUCGCCUAUUAUAGGCUAGCUAGAUCGAACAUAUUUUUUGAAAGGAAAAGAGCCCAUAAUUUCACACCUUCCCUGAUAGCCGAAAUAGAUGAUGAUUUUAUACCUUAUGAUAGGCAAAUAGGAACAUGCUUACGAGGAACCUUUGUCUCAUGCGAACAAGAAUUUCACAUUUGAAUGGCACAUCUUUUCCAAUCAAUGCAAUUAGAUCCACCUUACAAUUGUUAUCCACCUCAAAUAUUCCAACUGAGUGAGUUUUGUUUUGAUCUCCACUCGCUAUCUCUUAGGUGAACAGACUCAAUGCAUUUUUGUUAGUGUCUCGUGAAGGCACAUAAGCGAGCAUGCUGCUUAUACUAGCCUUGAAUGCUUUUUGACAUGUUAUUUUUGUACUUCAUGGACUCUGUUCGUUCCUUAUAUGAAUAGGCAAACAGAUACUCUUUUCCUCGUUUACCUCAUGCUUACUUUUAUGAGCAAAUUUACUUGUUCUCACAAAGUAUAGAUCUCUUUGCAACUAGCUCAUUUCUGUAUUUUAAUUUUAGUAUCUUUUAGGUUUUGUUAGCCCUAGUUGUACACUUAUGGGCGAACAUGCCUUCAUAUUCUGUAUAUGCCAACAUCGCCUUACUCUUUUCUUAUUCUUUUUGGUACUUGGUUUGCACAAUCUUAGAGGUGUCCAAUUUCUUUUACAAUCCAAUUAGGCCUCGUUCUUCGAAGUGUAUAGGAAUAUGUUCGCCCUUAUUUGCUUCUGAUCUGAGACCAAGUCUAUGUCUCCCAAGAAAUCAAGAGCUUUAAGAAAGAAGGAGGUUGAUUAUACUGAAAAAGAGCUCGGAGAAAUAUUUAGCUCGAAAGGUUUUGUAACACCAAGAUCCAUCUUUUCUACAAGUGAUCUAUCUCAUUCAGUAGACAAAUAUGGGCUCAUUGACGAACUUGGACUUAAAGUCCCUGUUAAUGAUGAACGAGCAGACUCUCCACCAAAUAGAUUUAAUGUUUGGAGUCCCAUGCAUUGCCAAGCAAGUGCUUUCCUUUUGCUUCAUACAUAUUUUGUAGAAAUAUGUGAUUAUUUUGAAGUAGCCCCGUUUCAACUGACGCCAAAUAGUUACGGAUUAUUGGCACUGCUGCAUAUUUUGUAUAGAGUGUUAGAUUGGCAUCCUUCUGAUGCUUUGGAGGUUCAUUAUUUUUUCAAUAUCAAGUCAAACCACGCAUCAGGUUAUGAAGGAUUCUACCACUUAUGUAGCUAUUCUGGUGGAGAUGUUCUCAAGAGUGGUGUUUCUAAUCUUGAUCGCUAUUUCAGUUCGUACUUUUUUACCAAUGCCAUCAAGUCCGAGCAUAGGUCAUUCUGUGAUAUUGGCUGCUUAUAGGCGACUGAUUCAAACCUUUGAGAUGCAAGAAUGUCUUUCUUAGUUAUGGCGAUUGGGUGAUAAGUAUAGGAAUGUGUAUUUCCUCAUCAACGACGACAAUUUGUGAUUAGUUGGUUUGCUCGAAGCACACCAUUCCUUGGAUGAGGGGCGAACAACUGAGUUUAACUAUGCUUCAUUUUCUGAGGUUGGGAUGUUGAUUUUUGAUCAUGUGAUUGACAGUGCAGCGAAAGCAUGUGAUCAAAUUUAAAUGCAAUAAUAACAAUUAUUAAAGCAUAAGAACGAAUCAUUGUAGGAACCAUAACUAUAAUGAGAUAUUUCUCAUGUGACAUGAAUCUGAAUAAAAAGGAAAAUACAAAUACUUUUUGUAAA